UACAUGCUGACGUUGGCUAGCGUUUCCGCCAUUGCGCUUUACAAAAGAUAACAUGAUACGGAUACACAAUACAACAACGCAUUGGGAAACGUGAAGAUCGAAGAGCUAGAAUUAGAAGACAGGACCAUGGAGCGUACAGUGGUAGUAACGGGCGCGUCAUCAGGCCUCGGUCUCGCCUUCCUAAAGCACUACGCUGUACAACCAUUAACGAGGGUCAUCGGAUUAGACAUAUCGCCUUUACCAGCGUCGAUACAAUCACUGGAUAACGUGUUGUCCUACGAAAUAGACGUCACGUCCGAAGAGUCCCUAGCGAAAGCCACCAACGACUUGUCAGGACGACCCAUACACCUUCUCAUCCACUCUGCCGGCAUCCGCGGCCUCGUACCCUCCCCCGACCCCCAAGAACAAAAUGUCGCCGCCUUAGAAACAUUAAAAGCCAUGGAUCGCACCACCUUUCUCCGCACCCUCGAGAUAAACACUUGGGGCGCCUUCGCUACAGUCCGGUCCUUUCUGCCCUCCCUGCAGCUCGCCGCCUCACCUUCACCUUCCCCAGCCACUGCCCCAUCUGCUUCUCCCUCACCGCUCUCACCCGCAUUGGCCCCUCCAAAAGUUAUAAUCAUGUCCUCCCGCAUGGGCAGCAUAUCCGCCAACGUAGCCGGCGGAGGCUAUGCGUACCGCGCGUCCAAGGCUGCACUGAACGCCGUGAUCAAGAGUCUAAGCAUCGAUGUGCCGGGGCUCGUGGUGCUGGCGAUGCAUCCGGGCCGGGUGGAGACGGGGCUGGUUGGAUGGAAGGAGGAGGGGGCAAUUUCACCAGAGGAGAGUCUGGGGGCGUGUGUGCGGGUUAUUGAAGGGGUGGGUAUAGAGGGAAGUGGGGGUUUUGUGGAUCGUUUUGGGGUGGAUAUUGCGUGGUAG